UUGAUUAAUCGGAAAUAUAAUUUGCACAUCACUAGAAUUUGCAUUUUCACUUGAAUAUUUUGUUGCUAUUUAUUUUUUAACAAAUGGAUGACCAAAUAAGCGCCAAUGCUGCAGCUCUACUUUUCGAGCAGCAGCAGGCGCUCGAUAAUGAUGCCGGCGACGCUGAUGAUGAUACCCAGGAGAGCGCCGAAACCCAGAACAGCUCUGAAGAUCUUGUAUUGCCAAAGGCAUUGGAGGAUGUGCUUGCACUUAAAGAUCAGCGUGUGGCUGAAUUUGAUACGGAUGUUUAUAGUGCGGGAGUUGGAGCGGACGGCACCUCGCAUGACGGCGACUUUGGAGACGUCGGAGAUGACAGUGAUGAUGAAGCGGAUAAUCACAUAAAUGGCAACAGCAUCGGAAAGCAGGGUAAACAGAGCAAAGCAGAUAAAAACAAAAAGAAGAAGUACCGCAAGAAACAAAAUAAAAAGUUGAGACAGCAGCAGGAGUACGAGAGACAACUGCAAUUGGCACGCCGCAACGAACAAGAUCCAGAGCCAGAAGAAGAUGCCAAGCCGGAUGAUGCAAGCGAUCAAGAGCAUACUGCCGGUAAAGAGAAGAGCUCACAGCGAGAGACCCGUAGUCGUAAGAAAAAGGACAAGGAAGAGAAGGAAAGGUCCAAGGAACGAAAGAAGUCUGAGACAAAUGAUGAAGAUGUAACCAUUGAAUACGUACCGGAAAAGAUAACCAUUGCUGACUUGGCGCCCAUGUACCGCCAGUUCUAUCGCGUUUUUGAGAUUUUUAAGUUAGAAAACAAACCGAAGUUACUGGAGAAAGAUAAAGCAGCGCUAGAUGCUGAAGCUUUGGCCAAGGUAAAAAAGUCGUCAGAUAAACUUCAUGACGAAGACGAUGACGAUAAUGAUGAUGAUGAGGAUAAUAAGGACGAUAAGGAAAAGUUAUCUAAGCGUAAAUUAAAGAAACUCACACGUCUAAGUGUGGCAGAGUUGAAGCAGCUAGUGUCCCGACCAGAUGUAGUGGAAAUGCAUGAUGUGACUGCACGGGAUCCCAAGCUACUUGUGCAACUGAAGGCCUAUCGAAACACAGUGCAGGUGCCGCGCCAUUGGUGCUUCAAGCGCAAAUAUUUGCAGGGCAAGCGUGGCAUUGAAAAACCGCCCUUCGACCUGCCCGCUUUUAUUAAAAAGACCGGCAUUAUGGAGAUGCGUGAAUCAUUGCAGGAGCGAGAGGAUGCCAAGACACUCAAGGCAAAGAUGCGUGAGCGUGUGCGCCCCAAAAUGGGAAAAAUUGAUAUUGAUUAUCAGAAGCUGCACGAUGCUUUCUUUAAGUGGCAAACUAAGCCGCGCAUGACCAUCCACGGCGAUCUCUACUAUGAAGGCAAAGAGUUUGAGACGCGGCUCAAGGAGAAAAAGCCCGGUGAUCUAUCGGAAGAGCUGAGAAUUGCGCUGGGCAUGCCUGUGGGUCCCAACUCACACAAGAUACCACCACCUUGGCUGAUUGCCCAACAGCGUUAUGGACCGCCGCCAUCGUAUCCCAAUCUAAAGAUACCCGGCCUGAAUGCACCGAUUCCUGAAGGCACCUCUUUUGGCUACCAUGCAGGCGGCUGGGGUAAGCCUCCAGUGGACGAGACUGGCAAACCUUUGUAUGGCGAUGUAUUUGGCAUGAAUGCACUGGAUUUGGAUAAUGCCAUUGAUGAGGCGGACAUUGAGCGCAACCAGUGGGGCGAGUUGGAAUCUGAAUCCGAAGAGUCUUCGGAGGAGGAGGAAGAGGACGGUGAGGAUCUGGGUAAUCAGCAAGAUGAGACUGGUUUAGUUACACCCGUAGAAGGAUUGGUAACACCUUCGGGUCUGACCAGCGUGCCAGCCGGCAUGGAAACACCCGAGAAUAUUGAGCUCCGCAAGAAAAAGAUCGAAGCUGAAAUGGAGGACAAUGAAACCCCUGUGCUGUACCAGGUGCUACCAGAGAAACGCACUGACCGCAUAGGUGCCUCCAUGAUGGGAUCUACGCAUGUGUACGACAUUGGUAACGCUGGCACGGGGGCAAGCAAGCCGGCACCAGUACGUCCAACCACUGAUCGCGAGGGCAUUGUGGAGUUGGCUUUGGAUCCCAGCGAGCUUGACAUGGACAAUGAUGCUAUGGCACAACGAUAUGAGCAACAAAUGCGCGAGCAGCAGAAUCAUCUGCAAAAGGAAGAUCUGUCUGACAUGUUGGCAGAACAUGUUGCGCGCCAGAAAUCUAAACGCAAGCGACAGCAAACUGAUCCAGCUAAGACGACUAAGAAAUAUAAGGAGUUCAAGUUUUAGGCCUUGUUCUCGGUUUCCGAUAUACAGUUUGUCAUUAAAAUUGAAAAUAAUCUAGUAAAAUAUAUGAUAAGCACUA